UCAAGAGCAAAUUCGAACACGACACAAUAUAGUAUGUUCACGCUAAUCACUGUACAAACGAAUUAAACUAAUCUCCUCUUUCCUCCUCGUGAGACUUGCUCCAUGAAUAAAGUACGAUACUCCAGCUAAGGUUCCUCUGUCAUCCCCCAGGAAGUUUUUACAAAAAAAAUGCCUUGGUGCAGAUGAAGACAUGUGCACGAAUCUUUGUGAAAGAACGAGACCCCUUUACCCCCAUGGAAUUUCUCUUUUCAGGUUUCUGGUCCAUAUAGAUCCGCAGACUUGGCUAUGUGUUCUAGUUUGACGAUCAUGUGGAAGGAGUCGAAGCUCCCGGUGCUCGGAGUAGUGGCUUGUUUGCUUAUUGGGGUUUUGCUCUGCAUCGCCCUUCUCGGAUCGAAGGACUCACCAUUCCUUUCGUGGGGGAAUCAGUUUCCAAAUAGGUGGGGUGAUAAUGAUGCCAGAGAGGUAGAUGAAGUCAAUGAAGAGAGAGACGCUCUCAAGAAUCUUCUCGGAAGACUAGUCACAGGAGAAGAGAGAAACCAGCUUCAGAGUGGAGGGUUCACAUGCCACUUCGAUCAGCAUUUCGAAACGUGUCUCUCGGCUAAUCCCGUUAGGAUCUCCAAUGGUGGGUUGACUGUUCAUGUGUUGUCCGAUGGAUCUAAGUUCGAGCGCUCCAUUCGACCCUACGCGAGGAGAGAUGACGAAAGAAUGAUGAAGCCAGUCACCCCAGUGCAGAUACUUCACGGGGACGCGGCUAAUUUACCGCCCUGUGAUUUCGUGCACAGCACCCCGGCAGUGAUCUUCUCGACAGCCGUUACAGGAAACGCCUUCCACGAGUUCAGCGAGAUCAUCAUUCCCUUGUUCCUCACAUGCCGGCACUUCCGAUCGCAGCUGAAGUUUGUAACCACCGAUCGCAAUGCCUCGUGGAUUCAGAAAUACUCAGGGAUUUUGAACCGCUUGUCUGAUUACGAGGCUCUCAAUUUAGACCAUGGGAGUGUUCACUGCUUUCGAGGGGCAGUUGUGGGACUUAGGUACCACGACAAUUUAGCCCUGAACCCCAGCGACGUCCCUGCAGGAUACAUCAUGCACGAAUUCAGGCAAUUCCUCAGAGAAUCUUACGGUGUGAAGAUAAAGAACGUGCACGAGAUUGAAAAGCUACAGAAGCCAGUCCUGAUCCUCAUUUCCAGGAACCACACAAGAAAAUUCCUGAAUGAGGACGCCCUCGUGGAACAGGCACAAGAGUUGGGCUUUCAAGUAGUGAGGGCGGGGUAUGAUACGGUGUCAAAUCUAGAGCUGCUGGCGAAGAUGUGUGGUUCAUGCAACAUUUUGGUCGGAGUCCACGGUGCGGGUCUUUCUAACGAGAUCUUUCUGCCGGACGGUGCAGUGGUACUUCAGGUGGUGCCGCUGGGACUAGACUGGGCUUCGACCUACUAUUUUGCAGUUCCGGCAAUCGCAAUGGAUCUGCAUUAUCUGGAGUAUAAGACAGAGACCAAGGAGAGCUCUCUGUUCGAAGUAUACGGGCCGGAUGAUCCGGUGAUUGCUGACCCUGCAUCCAUCUAUGCGGCAAAGGGUUAUGAAGCAGUGAGGGCUUUGUAUGUCGAUGGGCAGAAUUUGAAGAUCAAUUUGGAUAGAUUUAAGUACACACUGGAGGAAGCAAUGAGACUUGUUAGACGUUCCUUGAGUUAGGGCUUAGUUCACUGUCAUGACAUAACAGAGGGCAACACAGUUGGCUUUCUGUCAUCUGUUUUUCAACAUACAUCUCAACCUUUUAUCGAUUGGU